AUGGGUUUCCUCAAGGUCCUCACUACGUCCCUUGCCACUCUGGGACUCGUCAAUGCCGCUCAGAUCCUGGCCGCCACUGAUUCUGACGCGGUCGUUCCUAGCUCCUACAUUGUUGUCAUGAAUGAUGGCGUUAGCACCGCCGAGUUCGACAAGCACCGCACUUGGGCUGCCAGUGUUCAUGCCCGUGUCACCAGACGCAACAGUGGCAAGACUGGACCAGGCAAGCAUUUCAACAUCAAUGGCAUGAAAGGAUACAGUGGUACCUUCGAUGAGAGUGCCAUCAAAGACAUUGCCAAUGACCCGGCGGUCAAGUACAUCGAGCCGGACAUGAUUGUGAACGCGACCGCGAACGUGGUUCAGGCUAAUGCUCCUUCAUGGGGCCUAGCUCGCAUCUCUAGCAAGUCCUCCGGUGCUACCGACUAUGUCUAUGACUCUACUGCUGGCGCAGGCAUCGUGGUCUAUGGUGUCGAUACCGGUAUUGAAAUCGGGCACUCCGACUUUGGAGGCCGCGCUGUGUGGGGCGCCAACAUGGUUGACAGUGACAACACUGACGGCAAUGGCCAUGGCACUCACACUGCAUCGACUGCGGUGGGCACUAAGUACGGUGUUGCAAAGAAGGCCACUGUCGUUGCUGUCAAGGUUCUUGGUGCCGAUGGUUCUGGAACUAACUCGGGAGUCAUCGCUGGCAUGGAAUGGGCUGUUGCGGAUGCAAAGUCCCGCGGUGUCACUGGAAAGGCUGUUAUGAACAUGUCUCUGGGUGGCUCCACUUCUCAGGCUAUGAAUGACGCCGCUUCCAAUGUCGUCAAGUCUGGUAUCUUCCUCUCCGUGGCUGCCGGAAAUGAAGCCCAGGAUGCGAAGAACAGCUCCCCUGCUUCCGCUGCAAAUGUCUGCACCAUCGCCGCUUCUAGCAGCACAGACGGCAGUGCUUCCUUCACCAACUACGGUUCCCUUGUGGACCUCUAUGCUCCUGGUGUGAGCAUCACUGCCGCAUACCCUGGUGGCAGCACAAAGAGCCUGUCUGGAACCUCUAUGGCUGCUCCCCAUGUUGCCGGUGUUGCCGCCUACCUGAUGGCUCUCGAGGGUGUGACCGCUGACAAGGCUUGUGCCCGUAUUGUCGAGCUCGCUAUCUCGUCUAUUGCCACCCGCCCGGCUAGCACUACUAGCAAGCUGCUGUUCAACGGUGUCACCGUCUAA